CAACAGCUUCUCAACAUCUUCGAGGUAAUAAUCUCAACCCUCGAGGGCAAGCUGAAGCGCAUCGACAGCCUCGACAAAUCUGUCGAACAUAUGGUGAAGCGUAUGGAAGCACUGGAUAAUCGUGUGGCGGACAAUUUACUCAAAACCGACGCCGUCAUCUCCAAACUUCGCACACUGGACAAUAAAAUCACCAACGAUAUACACGCCUCGUCCAAUGAUGGCAGCGGUAGUGGCGGGCGCUCGGCACGCAUAGCCAAUAUGGCCACUGCAGAGCAUCUAGAUAAUCGCCUACUGCUGCUGGAUCAAAAGGUUAGCGAUAUCGAUACCAAGCUUGAAGUGCUCAAAACACAAAUCGAUAAUAAUUUUCUACAAGUUGACGACAUUAAUGCGGAGGCGAGCGAGAAGAAACCGAUCAGCAUGAAUGUUGUUGAGAUAACGAAGGCUAUGAAUGCCGAAGUAAUGAAUCAUGUGUCUACGGAAUUAAAUGAAUUACGCGACACUACCGACAAUAUUGACAAGAAGCUACAAUUUCACAUCAAUAUUGUGUCGGAGAAUGUGGGCCAUAUGUUGCGUAUGGUGGGUGACAUACACGAAGCCGUUGUGGAUCAUCAGGAACAAUUGAAUGCAUUGAAUGCCACUACAACGGCACUACCAAUUAUAAAGUCGAGUAAAAUCGAUGCGCUCGUAAAACAGAUACGACCAAUGGUAUCGGUUUCGGAGAAAAUGGACGAAGUAUGGGACGUUGUUGUGGGCACAAAGUCAUCGGUCAUUAACGAUUUGCUACCCAAAUCGGAUGCCUUACUGACGCAGACACAACGGCAGGAGCGUGCUAUUGGCGAGAUCCAUCACGAUCUGAAGGCGAAAACGAAUCAAAUCAUCAACAAUUUGGAUAUGGUUGAGAAACGUUUGAAGAAACAGGAAGAUGAUGUGCAACUAUUGGCGCAACGACCAGUACCAGCUGAGCUGCUAAUGGAUCCCACUAUCGAUCGACUUGUCGAAUAUGAUCCCAAUCGUUACUCCGUCAUUGAUGAGUAUCCCGAAACGAAUAUGCCCACCACACCAAUCACUACAAGCGCAACAGGCACCUCAACUGUGCCACCCCCUACAGUAGCCGCUUCACUGAGCGCAUAUACCACAUUCGCGACAACAACACCCAGCCCGUCAUUAGCAUCAGCCAGUCAACCUACUACGUCAUCAUUUACGGCGCAAAUGGCUGCAAAUGGAGGCGCUUCAUCGGCGGCUAUGUUAGCAGCGGUCUCAUCGGCAGCCACAACAACAUCAACCUCGGCAAAGCCACUAUCACGUAAAGGCGGCAUUAUCUUUCCCAGCGUCAAGAAUAAGCCUGCUGUGGUGAAUUCGACAUUUUCCACCGACAUACUCACGCUGAAGGACAUAAAGGGGUUCUCUUGCGUGGAUCUCCUUAACGCUGGCAUGAGGCAAUCGGGUGUGUUCUACUUGCAAAUUCGUGGUACCACCUAUUGGUUCUUGAAGGUCUUUUGCGAGCAAGAAGUAUCUGAUGGUGGCUGGACGGUCAUACAAAGACGAGACGAUUUUGGUGAGCCACGCGAAAACUUCAAUCGUGAUUGGGCUGACUAUAAAAAUGGAUUCGGCGAUCCCGCCAAGGAAUUCUGGCUCGGUAAUGAGAAUAUUUAUAUGCUAACGAAUAAUGAGGAUUAUGCGCUUCGCGUUGAGUUAGAAGACUUUGAAGGCAAUAAGAGAUAUGCACAAUAUUCGCACUUUAAAAUUCACUCUGAAGCUGAUUACUAUAAAUUGGAAAUCGAUGGUUAUGAGGGUAACGCUGGCGAUUCACUAAAUGAUCCUUGGUACGGUUCGAACAAUAGUCCCUUCUCAACCUACAAUAGGGACAACGAUCGUAGCUCACUGAAUUGUGCUAGUAUGCUGAAGGGCGGUUGGUGGUGGAAGUCUUGCGGUCGUGGUCUAAAUGGUCUAUACUUACAUGAUCCACAAGAUUUGACAGCACGACAAGGUAUCGUCUGGUUCCGUUGGCGCGGAUGGGACUACACACUAAAGAAGGCCACUAUGAUGAUUCGUCCUCGCGCACCCCAGCCAAUGGGCAGUACCGUGUCGGCGUCAUAAGCAUUGAGCGACUUGCGAACCUACUUGGAGGCGUUAAGUUGUAAACAAAAAAAAAAACAACUGUUUUUAAUCACCUAAAAUCAACCGCAAACAAGUUUCAAAUGAAAUAUUUUUAAAAGCAGAGCGGCAUUUAAAAACGAAACUUUUUUCAUGUAGGCAGACAUUUUCGAAUUGAAAUAUCCUGCACUGUGAAAAUAAAGCGGAAGUACGAUAUUUGGGCCGAAAUAUUACACGCACACAUGCAUACAUACAAAAUAUCCAUAUACAUUUACACGUCCAUAAAAACUUGCAUAUGAAAUGUAGUUUUACUUCAUUUUCGGGUUGAUUUUUAUUUUCGAAAUUUUUUAAAUUUUUCGUU